UUUUCGACAAAUAAUUGGUAAUGGUCUUAUGUUUUCGGCCCCUACCGUCUUCAGAAACGCCCAUACGCAACCGCAACCGCAACCUCAACCUCUUUCACAUUUCCGUCACUACCGACUCUUCGCCUUCUUAAAAUACGAAUCCCCAAAUUCUCUGCCAUUUCCUCUCGUUUCUUAUUCUUCAAUUCAUCAUCCAUAGACUUAUCAUCAUCGUCACCAAUGGAUCGGGUCAACUUUAGGACACAAGUCCUAACCCGCCAUCUCAAUAACCACCAUAACGCCACCACCGAUCUUCUACACACCGCCCCAUGUGUCAGCUACUCCCCACCGGAACUCUCUGAGCCGCCGUUGAAUUUCGAUACCAAGUUGCUCCGUAAGCUCCUAGACGGUCAGAGCAUUGCUGAUAUCGACUAUGUGUUCAAUCUGAUGAUACAGAGCAACCUGUUUUGCCCAAGAGAAAGAGGCGGCAAAGUGUUUAUUUCCCCGGAUUUUAAUCAGUCGAUGGAGCAGCAAAGAGAGAUGACGAUGAGAAGACUUGAUUACUUGAGAGAACAUGGGGUUUUCGAUGGGUGGUUUUCUAAGAAGGGACCAGAAGGCGAUUUAUCUAGAUUUGCUCUUGCUGAAUCUGCUAGCGUUUUUGAUCAUUCUCUAGGGAUUAAGCUUGGAGUGCAUUUCUUUUUAUGGGGUGGUGCAAUCCGUUUCAUGGGCACAAAGCGUCAUCAUGAUAAAUGGUACAAGCCAACGGAGACUUAUGAAGUCAAGGGUUGCUUUGCAAUGACCGAGUUAGGCCAUGGAAGUAAUGUCCGAGGAAUUGAAACAAUCACUAGAUAUGAUUCAAGCACUCAGGAAUUUAUUAUCAGCACCCCUUGUGAAUCUGCACAAAAGUAUUGGAUUGGAGGUGCAGCUAAUCAUGCUACACACACAGUGGUCUUCUCACAGCUUGAAAUUAAUGGUGUGAAUCAAGGAGUGCAUGCUUUUAUAGCUCAAAUCAGGGACUCAGAUGGAAAUGUGUGUCCAAAUGUUCGUAUUGCAGAUUGUGGUCAUAAAAUCGGUUUAAAUGGUGUUGACAAUGGUCGAAUCUGGUUUGACAAUCUACGCAUACCAAGAGAAAACCUGUUGAAUUCAGUUGCUGACGUGUCACCCGAUGGGCAAUAUUUGAGUGCAAUAAAAGAUCCAGAUCAGCGAUUCGCAGCCUUUCUGGCCCCACUGACAUCUGGCCGUGUAACUAUUGCUGCUAGUGCAAUAAACACUGCAAAGGUUGGUUUAGCAGUUGCAGUUAGGUACUCGCUGACUAGGCGAGCUUUUUCAAUCAAACCAAAUGAACCAGAAGUUCUUUUACUUGAUUAUCCAAGUCAUCAAAGGCGUCUCUUACCUCUUGUAGCAAAAACAUAUGCUCUGAAUUUUGCUUCAAAUUAUUUGAAGAUGAUAUAUGUGAAAAGAACACCCGAAUCAAUUAAAACAGUUCAUGUUGUUUCUAGUGCACUCAAGGCUGCUUUAACCUGGCAUUGCAUGCGAACCCUUCAGGAAUGUCGAGAAGCUUGUGGUGGGCAAGGUUUGAAGACUGAAAAUCAUGUUGGUCAUUUAAAAAGUGAGUAUGAUGUGCAGUUGACUUUUGAAGGUGACAACAAUGUUCUAAUGCAACAGAUUAGCAAGGCACUCUAUGCAGAGUUUUUGUCAGCCAAGAAAAGGAACAAACCAAUUAGAGGUUUGGGAUUAGAACACUUGAACAACCCUGCUCCAGUUAUUCCUUCUCAUCUCACAAGCUCUACUCUUAGAACCACUCAAUUCCAGACUGACAUAUUUUGCUUACGUGAGAGAGAUUUAUUGCAACGUUUUGUAACGGAAGUGUCACAACAUCAAGCUCAGGGAGAAAGCAGAGAACAUAUAUUCACAGUGAUGUAUCAACUUGCUGAGGAUUUGGGGAGAGCUUUUGCGGAUCGGUUGGUUCUACAAACGUUUCUUGAUGUUGAAGCAACUGUUCCAUCAGGCUCUUUGAAGGAUGUGUUGGGGUUAAUGAGGUCAAUGUAUUCUACAAUUGUAUUGGAAGAAGAUGGUUCUUUUUUGAGAUAUGGCUACUUGUCAAUAGAUAAUGCUGCAGUGGUUAGGAAAGAGGUUUUGAAGCUGUGUAGUGAGCUAAGACCACAUGCACUUGGUUUGGUGAGUUCGUUUGGAAUCCCUGAUGCUUUCUUGGGACCAAUUGCUUUCAAUUGGGUUGAUGCAAAUGCAUGGUCUUCGGUUUAAAGACAUGAUAUUUACAAUAAUUACCUUCUGGUUUACAUCUUUUACAAAUAAGGACAUGACUCUCCAUAUGUUUGUUGUAUAACUAGGUAAUGAAAGUUGCUUAUGUUUUAGUAUUAUCCGUUUUCUAUUGUACACAAGCACAAUCAUGUGGAUCUAAUAAGGACGU